UUGCUGAUCCACUCAUCCAAAGCCUUGCUGGAUUCACCUCACUUGAUAUCACGACUACCUGCCUGCGAUGGUCUGCAAAAAGUGCGAGAAGAAAACGUCUGCCGUUGCGACGUCGGAUCCGUUUAAGGCGGGGUCGGGGGCGGUCCGCAAAUUGGGCGAGAACAAGCUCUUGAGUGCGCGGGCGAAGGCUGCGCCGUACGCCAAGCCAGGAGCGAAUAAGAGCAAAGUGAACACAUUUGGAAACAAGUGUAUCGAUUGCAAGGGAUCGGUUGCGCAGAACAUGGCGACACGGUGUCAGAAGUGCGCAUACAAGAAGGGGCUUUGCGCCAUUUGCGGCAACAUCGUGCUCGACACCAGCCGGUACAAGCAGAGCGUGAAGUAAAUUGCAUUCAGAGCCCAAUCAUGUCACUAUAUGUUGUAUAUGCAGGUAUCGUAACGUUACAGGGGU